AGCAAAAUGAUUGAGCCCAUGGGGAAUCAGUAUGUCGUGGCCAGACGAGUGUACUCACAAAAUGCUUUUAGUGAAGAACAUAAGAAGAUAAGACACCAUAAGACAAUUUUGGACCAUUUCAGGAAACACUGUAGGUGCUCGUCGCGAAAGGCCAAGAAAAUAGCCCUUUCCUUGCUCCCCAUAGUCUCUUGGUUACCGGCCUAUCGUCUAAAGGAAUGGCUGUUCAGUGAUAUUGUUUCUGGCAUAAGCACUGGUCUGGUAGCUGUACUGCAAGGUAUGGCUUUCGCUUUGCUGGUAGACGUCCCCCCAUCUUAUGGGCUUUAUUCAGCCUUUUUCCCCGUCAUAAUCUACUUCUUCUUUGGCACUUCUAGACACAUAUCUGUUGGUCCUUUUCCAAUUCUGUGUAUAAUGGUGGGAACAGUAGUUAUAAACACAGGCUACACGGAAGACUCUGAUAAAGCAACCGCAGCUGCCUCCAUCACCGUUCUAGUUGGAAUUAUUCAGCUGGCCCUGGGAAUGUUACAGAUUGGAUUCAUAGUGGCCUACUUAUCUGCGUCACUAAUUAGUGGCUUCACAACAGGUGCAGCAAUUCUUGUUGUGGUGUCCCAGCUGAAAUUUAUGCUCCAGCUCUCAGUCCCUUCGUACACUGACCCUUUUGCAGUCUUCAAAGUUCUGAUAUCUGUCUUUUCACAAAUUCAGAAAACUAAUAUUGCAGAUCUUGUGACAACCAUCAUAAUUCUGGUAAUUGUGUUCGUAGUUAAAGAAAUAAAUCAGAAAUACAAUAAAAAACUACCAGUACCCAUUCCAAUUGAACUCAUCGUGACAAUCAUUGCAGCAGGUGUGUCCUAUGGUUGUGACUUUGAAAAUAGAUUUAACGUGGCAGUGGUUGGUUCAAUGGAAAGCGGAUUUAAGGCACCUUCUUCACCCUCUAUGAAGGUUUGGAGAGAUAACAUCGGUGAUGCCUUCUUCAUUGCAAUUGUUGGAUUUACAUUAGCAUUUUCUGUUGGAAGUGUAUAUUCUGCUAAAUAUGAUUAUCCCAUUAAUGGAAAUCAGGAGUUAAUUGCCUUUGGCUUGAGCAACAUAGUUGGUGGAUCAUUCAAGAGUUUUGCAGCAAGCACUUCACUCUCCAGAUCAGGUGUUCAGGAGAGCACAGGAGGCAAAACACAGAUUGCCGGGCUUCUAUCAGCUAUUAUUGUUCUGAUUGUCAUUAUGGCAAUUGGAUUUCUUCUGGAGCCACUACAAAAGUCUGUGCUGGCAGCUUUAGCUCUUGGAAAUUUAAAAGGGAUGCUAAUGCAGUUUGGAGAAAUACACAGAUUAUGGAAAAAGGACAAGUAUGACUGUGCAAUCUGGAUUUUCACUUUCCUGGCUGCUGUUGUCCUGGGCCUUGGUUGGGGACUAGCAGCUGCUGUUGCAUUCCAGCUCCUCACUAUUGUGUUCCGGACUCAAUUCCCAAAAUGUAGUAUAUUGGCCAACGUUGGAGGAAGUAACAUCUAUAAGAACAGAAAAGAUUACCCUGAGGUUUAUGAGCCACAGGGAGUGAAGAUUUUCAAAUGUCCAUCUCCUAUCUAUUUUGCAAAUAUUAGUUUCUUCAAGAAAAAACUUAUUGAUGCUGUUGGUUUUAAGCCAGCUAGAAUUUUGCGAAAGCGCAACAAAGCCCUGAAGAAAAUCCGAAAGCUGGAGAAGAAUGGACAAUUACAAAUAACACCAAAAGGAUUUAUAUAUACUGCUGAUGGCGUCCAAGACUCUGAUGAUGAGCUAGAUAACAAUCACAUAGAAGAAUUGGAUCAGCCUAUCCAGACUACAGAUCUACCCUUUGCGAUAGACUGGAACUCAGACCUUCCUCUCAACAUCGAAGUUCCCAAAGUCAACCUCCACAGCCUCAUUCUUGACUUUUCAUCUGUAUCAUUCAUUGAUAAUUCUUCAAUGAGGGACCUUAAAUCGAUUUUGCAAGGAUUUCUCAGGAUCGAGGUGGAUGUGUAUAUUGUUGGGGCUGAUGAUCAUUUAUUAGAAAAGCUUGAACAGUGUGGAUUUUUUGACCAAGAAGUCCAGAGCUCGAUAUUUUUCCUGACGAUUCAUGAUGCCAUUUUGCACAUUUGGAUGAAAAAGAGUGACCUUAUUUCGAAGUACAAACACAAUGAGGAGAAAGAAGCGAAAGCUGAUUUUACUAUAAACACAAAUGGAGGACUACGCAAUAGGGAUUGUCGGGUACCAAUGGAAACAAAAUUAUAAUGAAAAUAAAAUUCGGGGAGCUCUUUAUCAGAUUGUCCAGUUUAGAACAACUUCAUAUCCAGAGAAUUACCAAUAAGUUCAUAUGUAGUAUGAAGAACAUUUUUACUA